UUCCGAAGGCCACAGGCAAAAACAAUAGUUAUUUAGUCACUUAAUCAUUUUAUUAAAUCUUGUUUAUUUUGUACCUAGUAACAAUGAUUUAGCUACACAGGUAGUAGUUUAUUGUGAGUUUCGGAAGUCGUAGAUAGUAAGAUGUGGAUUCCAUCGAAAUCUCCUAAAUUGGCAGUCGCUGUUUACAACUGGAAGGGAGAUGUUCGUUCGGGACUGCCGCUUGAGAUCGGAGAAACAGUACAAAUAUUGGAAGAAAAUGGAGGUUGGUAUCGUGGGUUCAGUACUAAGAACAGAUCGGCUUGGGGUAUAUUCCCAAGCUGCGUGGUGUCGAUCCGCCCGUGCACUGUCAAAGGUACUGGUGCCGCUGCGAUAGCUGAACUAAAAGAUGAUCCUCUAGUACGGGAGAUAGCUUGCGUGUUGAGAGAAUGGGCUCGGCUUUGGAAGAAGCUUUAUGUGGAGCGGGAGACGUACCGGUUCACAACAGUCGCGAAGGUGAUGAGGGAACUGUUGAGCGGCCGUCGCGCUCUGUUGACGGGGACUCUGACACAGGACCAGACCAGGGCCUUGAGGCUGAGGCUCGUCGGGAAACUUGACUGGGGCAACCGGAAGCUAGGUCUGGAGUUGGUUCCAAGACGCGGUGCGGAAGCCGUUGACCCAGAGGAUACCAGCCUCGUUGAAUUGUAUAGAGUUCAUGCCGACAGCGCUGAGCGGGCGGCAGCUUUUCGCGGUACACUGCGUAGAGCUGGUGGCUCGGGUAGCAGCUUCAAUUCCGGCACAUUAACGAACAAUACAAAUAUAACACCGGUCAGUCAAUCUUACUACCUCAUGUGUAGUAUGAGGGACUUUGGUCACACCGCUGGAGGUGAUGAAGCGGAACUUCUACUUUGUCUUCACGACGCUCGACGAGCUCAACCGCUCUCAGAAAGAUUCAGGGUUAGAAUAGCGAGGGACGGCUUCUCCAACUACGUGGACAGACUCCACGCUAAUAGCACCCUUUUCUCCGAUUUAUCAAGUACGGAUCUCUCUCGGGAGCUGUGGCUGGUGGCGUGGGUGGUGCGUGUCGGUCGCUGGUCAGGGGCUGGUGGAACGGGAGAGAGACGAGGCCCUGUAGCCAGAAGACCUUUAGGAGCGGGCGUCCUCAACCUAGCCGAGUUCCUCAAACAGACCGAACAACAUACUAUUGAAAAGGAGUACACUUUUAAGGUUUACCAAAGCGAAGAGAAAGAUUUCCAUCAGCUGCAUGAGAUGUUGAUAAGGAAACAGACAAAUAAAUGCAAUAUUUUGCCUGGACAACCAAAUUACGGCAUCGUAGUAGCGCUACGUCUCUUAACAAAUACCGGCAGUAUAUCCGAAGCUGUUGCCUCCGGGGCGACUGUGACAGCAAAGAGGGGAUUCCCCGACGUCAUAAUGCCGGGGGAUGUCCGAAACGACCUCUACUUGACCUUGGAGAGGGCAGAAUUUGAGAGAGGGGGUAAAAGUACGGCGAAGAACGUCCUCGCUACAGUCAGUGUGUACGAUAGUUCUGGACAAGUCAUCAAUGAUUGUGUGUGGGGCGCCAGCGGUACGGGCAGCACUUGGUACGAGUCACUAGUGUUGUACCACAACAACAGCCCAGCCUGGGGCGAACAGCUGCGUCUCACUGUACCAUUGGAUACAUUCACACACGCGCACGUCAGGAUCGAGUUCAGACACUGUUCCACACGGGAUAAAAGCGAGCGUAAGCUGUUUGGUUUCUCGUUCGCCCGUCUGAUGGAGCCGAGCGGCGCCACCCUCAGAGACGCCGCCCACGACCUCUACGUGUACAAGUGCGACGACGCUAACAAACUCGCGACAGCAAGCUACCUCUCACUACCGUCCUGCGCGAGCGACGCGACUCGUUCAAAUACAAACGGAGUAAUGGCAACAUUCCAACGGAGUACGAAGGAGAAUUGUAUUAUAAGUACUGUGCUGUGCUCCACGAAACUCACACAGAAUGAGGAUCUCCUAGCUUUAUUACAAUGGCGUGCUCGACCUGAGAAGGUCCAGGAGACCUUACUACGUGUGUUGCGCCUCGGCGACGGGCUGAGUUGCGAAGAACUCAUCAAGUUCCUUAGAGAUGUAUUAGACGCGCUCUUCGCUCUGUUCUCUACUGAGGAUGGUAACAGUACACCACACUCAGGAACUGUGUUCCUGGUUCUGGUUUCUAUCUGCAGUCUCCUGGACGAGAGUCGCUUCCAACACUUUAGGCCUGUCCUCGACGUUUAUAUAGAAGAACACUUCUCAGCUGCCUUGGUCUAUAAGGGUCUCCUAUCAUCGGUCCAGCAUUGUGCUGAGUGGGCGGCUGGUGCUGAAGGUCAGGAGCCAAUACGCAAGUGUCUCCGUUCUCUGGGCGCUGUGUUCCGUCUAGCGGUCCGAUCGCGCUGUCUGUUCGCUCGGGCCACUGGCGGACAAUACGAGGAUAGCUUUAGACGGGAUGUUCGUGCAGCGCUGCACGCGCUUAAAGCGUUGGCUCAACAUCCGCAUAGGGAGCAUCUCGCGCCCGCACAGAUCGCACUGAUGACGUCAUGGGCUAGCGUGGCCAAGGAAGUAGCGUCAGCCCUGGGCCCAGUGGAGGCCGGACGUAUAACCGCAGCGAUGUUGGAUGCACCUGCAGCGAAUGCACCACCAGCUUUGGCCAAGGCUAGACUUGCAGCAGCUCAAGAGAUACUGAGAGGACCUCUGGGACAGGAUCCUGAGGCUCGAAACAUUGUUUUGACAACGGCGUGUCAUCACCUCCGAGUGCAUCUCGCUCGUAGGGACGAAUUAACUCAGUGUGCGGAUAUGCUGGGAGAGUUAGUCACGUUGUUGUGGAAGAAGGAAGAUCCUGAUGCGCCCGUGGACGAGGACGAACUGGACCCGGAUGUAGACGUGCUCUGCUUAAAUACCCUGGACGUACUGGUCGAGACGGUAUUGCAUCUGAUUGGCGGAAAUUCGCCAGUCCUGGGUUCAAUGGUAGCUGGUCUACUAGGAGUAAUGGAACUUCUAAAACCAGCUCACUAUCAGCGUCUGUGGAGUCACUUAGCUCCACACCCUCACGACAGAAAGCCUUUAAAAGAUUUUCUUAUGAGAGCCUUCCUUGUGUUUAGACAUUUGAUAGAACAGGAAGUGUUUCCAUCUGACUGGAUGGUACUCAGAGUGCAGAGCUGCAAGGUACUGUUGUCUGCAUUACAAGAUUUGGCAAAACCGUUGUUAGAAAGAUUCUUAGGCGACGAGCCUCCACAGUUUGACUCUCAACUAUGGGCGGGUUACCUGGAGUUGGGCGUGUCGCUAGUGACAGCGAGUGCGCUUCAGGCGGAGCGUUGGGCGCGAGGACCACAACGAGCGGCUAUGAGGGCGGCCGCAGCCUUACAUCUGCUCGCCGUCUGGACCAGACUCGGUGCGGCCCAGCUCCAGCUGAUCGGUCCAGCGGUUGGCGCUCUGUUGGAGGUGACGUUGGUGCCAGAGCUGCGCAGGGCUGCCCUCGGCGCUCUGGUUAGUCUCAUGGCCGCUGAGCGAGCAGCUACAGGCUCGGCCAGAAAGACGGAGGCAGCCCUGGUCGAUAAGUUGGACUCGCUGGUAGCCGACAACAAAGCUGAUGAUCAUUAUCGACGUCUCUUUGACACUGUAUUGAUGGAGCGUGUUUCGACGGAGGGUUGGCGGGAGGCGGGCGCUGCUUUCGUGGGCUGCGUCACCAGACUGCUGGAGAGACUUCUGGACUAUCGCGCGGUGAUGCAGGGAGCGGAACAUCGAGAUAAGAGGAUGGCUGCCACUGUUAACUUGCUUAAUUUCUACAAAAACGAAAUCGAUCGUAAGGAGAUGUAUCUACGUUACGUGUACAAGUUACACGACCUUCACAUCGCCUCUGAUAACUGGGUGGAGGCUGGGUGCACACUAUUACUGUACGCAGAAACAUUGAGUUGGGAGAGCGAUCAGAUGGGCGUUGACCCCGAACAUCCCGAUACAGUGGAGUGGAAACGGAAAGAGGCGCUCUAUAACCAAGUGUUACAGUACUUUGAUAGGGGCAAGUGCUGGGAGAAAGGCUUGCCCCUACUACGUGAACUGAGCACGUUAUAUGAAGUGAGAUGCGACUACGCGCGUCUGUCGCACGUGCUCCGCACUCACGCGAACUUCCUGGAUGCUGUGCUCGAACAACUCAGACCCGAACCCGAGUACUUCAGAGUAGGGUUCUACGGGAAGGGAUGUCCGCUAUUUGUUAGGAAUAAGCAGUUCGUGUAUCGCGGGCAGGACUACGAACGUAUAGGUGCGUUCACACAACGUCUGCAGGCGGAGUACGUGGCGGCUCACAUCCUCAUGAGGAACACACCGCCAGACGAUUCUGUCAUCGCUGCUGACGGACAGUAUAUCCAAAUCUGUAACGUGAAGCCCGUAUCCUCGCGUCGCUCGUGGCCGCCGGGUGUGCCGGACCCGGUGCGGAGGUUCUACGUGUGUAACGACGUGGACACCUUCCUGUGCGACCGACCGCUGCACAAACCACCCAUUGACAAAGAUAAUGAGUUCAAGAGCUUAUGGAUCGAACGUACAACACUAGUGACAGAGAAUACUCUCCCAGGAAUACUGCGGUGGUCGGAAGUAAUAUCAAGAUCAGUCGAGGAAAUACCACCGGUUGAAUUCGCCUGCGAAACAAUGGAAGCCACGGAACGUGAACUACGGUCUCUCAUAACUCAAUACACGGCGGAUCCAACACAGAAUCUGAACCCGUUCUCUAUGAGGUUACAAGGAACCAUAGACGCUAAUGUUCAGGGCGGGAUCACCAAGUACGAGCAGGCGUUCCUCACACCUGAGUUCAGUAGAAACGCCACACCCAGAGAAGCUGCGGCCGCUGCCAAGUUAAGAAGACUCGUGUCCUCACAGCUGGCGGUCGUCGAGGCAGGUCUCACCUUACAUGGUCGUCUAGCGCCGGAGGAUGUGAAGCCGUUGCACAGACGUCUCGUAGAACGUUUUACUCAAUUAAGACAGAAUCUGGGACCGGGUCUAGCACGAGCUAGACGUCAGCUGUCUGAAAGCAUUGUGAACACUCCCUUGCCUCCGGUUCCUGCGUUGGAUAAGAGGUCGCAUAGUAUUCAACAAAACGACGGCUAUUAUGAGGAAGGACAUCUAUACAAUAAGCCAAUCUAUUCAAUAGAGGAUACGAUAGAGCAGCAGAGCGUUAUAAUGUCUUGCAGUCUACCGUCAGCCGACAACCGCGAUAGUGAGGAGUCUAUGGUGAAGUCCGCGCCGCCGCUACCGUGCAGACCCAAGUCAGGGGACCCGCGGAGUCCCACCAGGCCCUUAGAAAAAUAUCGGGAGGAGGAGGUGGAGGCUCGUCGUCACAGUCGAGUCAGUUGGAGCGAGCCGGCCGACGCGCCGCCAUUACCGCCGCGAGUUUCAGGCGGUGAUAAGCGUUGGGGCGAGGCACCCGCGGUCCCUCGCCGUGGCAGGACGGACGAACGUGAUUCAGGGGUCAGCGUUGACCACCACUACUCUAACGCGGAUCACAGCGCUGAACACGAUUUGGAGCUAGUGGAGUCUCUGCGAUACGAGGAGAUAAUAUCAAUGAUGUCUGAACCGCUUCAAGUGGACGAGAGUGAAACACCACCGCCGAUACCACCGAAGGGAUUGGGGCAUUUAAGUAGCUUCGAUUCCGGACACCACGAGAACGGGGAGUCGCAUUGCUAAUGAAAGAGAGAGGGGUAUAGAGGGAGGAGUAAGAAAGAGAGAUAUGUAGUAAGAGCAGUUGGAAAGAGAUAGCUAUAUUUGGUAAGGAUUUGUGGGAAAGAGAUGGUUGUAUUCUUAUGUGGGUAGUUUCAAAUGAAAAGGAUGACACCAGAUGUAACGCUGAGUUAAUUUUUAUACAUUUUUAUUUGGUGCUUUUAUCUGUCCACACUGAUGGUGGUCUUUUUGUCCAAUAAUUGUUUUAGUGUGCCAUAAAAGUAUUGAAUUUUUAAUUCGGACCUCGAAUUUUUGAUAAUCUGUAUUAAAAUGGCUUUAAAUAUUCCAGUGCGCCCACACUUGGUAACAAGCCCGUUUUAAUCAUGUCGCCAAAAGGAAUUUCAAUCUUAGUUUGGAGGUUUCAUGUCAGUCGAUAUUGGGCUGUUUUUGAGAUUUUGUCUUUAAUUAGUAUUAAAUGUUGUGUAUUAAAGCCAAAAAUACUUCCGAUAUAAAGAAUUGCCUCAGCGUAACUUCCAUUGAUAAUAAACAGUGGUGUGCCAGUGAAACGAAUGCACAAGAAAAGUAUCAAAUAAUCUAUUUUUAUAGAUGUAGAAUAUUCUCGCUACAUUUAUAUUUGUAUUAAUUUGAGCUAUAUUUCCAAAGUCCUAGAGUUGAUUUUGAAAUUAAUCCCAGUAGGGGUUUAAUGAGCUGCAAGUUUAUUAGAGCGCCUAUUUAAAGCUUUCAUCUAUUACAUAAAGAUGAUAAACUGCUCUCAUAUUUUAUCAGGCGCCGUUUUGCUCUCAUUUAAUUUUUGCAUAUCAUUAACCAUUCUAUAGGAAAUUAGACUAGUUGUAAGUAGCUAUAGAUUUCAUUGCUUUCAUGCAUUUAGUUUUAUAUCGGGGCCAUAUAACAGGUGAUAAAUAAAUUAGAAUACAGUUCUAAUACUAUAUCGAAGCCAAAAAUAGACUGACUUCAAGGAAUUACAAUUUUUAUCAAUGCAAUUUUGAAUUUAAUUUUGAAUGAUUUUUUUCUUCCGUUGCACUACAUAAUUACGAAAGUAUUUUAUUUUUUAACCAAAUAUUUUAUUAUAGUUUUAAUUAUAUUCUUAUCUCGUAUAGGAAUGUUGCUCUGUAGCGGUGAUAAUUAAGUGUCAAAUGAGAUGUAUUUUUUUUUUUGCACGUUUUAUUUAUAUUUUAAAUCGAAAUAUUUUUGCUAACGUAUUUUUUUUUUUUAUAAUCUUAUUUUAAUGCAAUUUAUUUUUUUAUAUAACAUUCAUCUUUUAAAAGUUUACACCGGUUCUGAUUGCAUAUUUUUUAAGUAUUUCCUAACAUAUUAUAGGCACCGCUCAUUCAAUAAUAUCAUUUAGACAAAGCGUUUUAAAGCCAUUUCUUUAGUAAUUAAUGUAUUAUGUUUUGUCUUUAAGAAAAAUAUCACCACGACUUUAUUGGGAUGUUCGUUCGUUUCGAAAAGUUUGUAUACAAAUCACAUUUUCGGUUCUAUGUCGUUAUUGAGACAUACAUUCUCGCUAUUGAUUCGCUAAUCAGCAUUACUUCGAAACAUGAAAUCAUUUAUCUUAGUGUAAUAAUUAAAUAUGUUAUAAAUCAGUGCAAUCCAUUAAUUGUAAGUUUGUUGAUGUAAGCGUCCGCGACAAUAUCUCCGUAACCCCCUCAGCUGUAUUCGGCUUUAAUAUUUUGAUCUCCGUUUUUUUUUUUUUAUGGAAUGAGAUUUUUUACUUUCUCUAUAUAACUGUAAUCUAUAUUAUAAAGACAUUUUAAAUUUUUGGAACUUUUUUUUCUUCUUGUACUGCAAUGUAUUUCGAGGUCUUUCCAAUUACAGUGAUAUUUUCGAUGUUUAUAAAUAGAUCUUAAGUGAAUGUUUCGAACACGUGACUAUGCUAUGUCUGUUUAAUCUCGUAAUUCUAGUGUUAGGGCUUAUUUACACUAUCUUGUUUGUGUGGUUGAAGUUGCGAGACACUAUUAAUGAUUUAUUUCUUUCGAGAUUAGUUUAAAAUAUCGUUUUGGACCAGCUCGGUAUCGACUACCAAGGGUUCCGUAUCAAAUACCGCGAUCGACUAUUGAUUAGUAGUUAGGAAUCGUAGUAUAUGUAUGGAUCUGGGUCAUUGGUUUUUGCAACCGGAAAAAAAAAUAAUGUAAAAUUACAAUUAUUGAAAAGAAAUGGAAUAUCUAUAACAAAAAUUAGAGAAAUAAUCAAUAGUCGCUAUCCUAGUUGCCGGUACAAGGCCUACGGAAAACAGUUAUUUAGCAGAGGAUUAUUUAACAAAGGGUUGUUACUUUUGUAUUCGCUCUUUUUCGACGAGAUCUCAAUAUUGAUAUUAUUAAAUAACAAAGUAGGUAUUUGGUUUUCUAAUUUUAUUUUUCACAAAAUUAUUUUUGUUUUCAGUCACAAUUUACAUGUGAAAAUACUUUUAAAUGUUUUUUAUUUGAAAAUAUAUAUUUUUACCUUAUUCCGAGGUAAAUAUGAAAAAACACUUCAAUCUCACAUCGAAAUAUCUGAUGUCUCAAAAAAGUCAAUGGUCUUUUUGGGUACGUCUAGUUAGUGAAGGUGAAAAAAAAAUACAUAUAACUAUUAUAAGUUCACAUAAUGAUAUCAAAGAUUUUCUUGAGUAUUCAUUUAAAUGAAACUAAUAUUUUCAGAUACUGCGCUUUUUUAUUAUUUUAAACUUCAUACUCCCGACGUUUCGCUUACUUUGUACGCGUAGUGCAUCCGAUGAUUUUAGUUUUAUUUAUUACAAGUUCUCUCAGAUGAUAGCAAAUAGUAACAUACGAAAUAAUAUGAAGGGAGCUAACUGAGAUACUUUUAACCGCGGACGAAAACGCAUAUUCUUUCUCUGUCGUAAGUCAUGAAUAGUGUUUUGCGCUGCAGUCUUGAGUUACCUAAGCAUAUGAUUUGACUGAUAUAACUCUACGGUGAUUUCAAUGUCUCUGUACGUUUGUGCGUAUGUCUCAGUAGUUGUAGUCAUUAUAAUCCAACCAAAAAAAAACUUUCUAAUAUUUUUAUAUAGCGUAUGCAUAUGCAUUGAAUUUGUACUUCGCUGUACGUUGGACUGUCAAUGAAUAGUUUAAAUUUCGAACGUUUUAUUAAUGAUGUCAUCUUCAUAGAUACUAUAGAUAUUACGACUAUGAAUACAUUAAAAUUCGAUUAUUAUACUAAUUUUAACCCGGGAUUUACACUUCUUACGGAAUUGCCGUUCUUAUUACGACUGUAUUGAGACUGGAAUCGUUUGUAAUUUACACUCGACCGACUAUUUAAACUGUCACCUUGUGCCUCUGCUCGUGCCUCGUCUCGCGACUCGUAAGCGAGUGUAAAACCCGGUUAAUAAUAUAGUUUUCUUGCUACGCGUAUUUAAAAUGUUCAUUGACAGUUGUGGAAUGUGUGACGCCAAAUUGUUAAGUACAAAUCGUAGCGGAGAUAGUUUUUAAAUGGUUUCGCUGGAUAAGUAAUGUAAUACGCUGGUUUGAUUAAAAUGUUAAGCAUCGGCGGAAUAAAUAUUUAGAAGAA